CUGCGGGUAAACAGACAUGGCCGACGAGAGGGAGCCGGAGGACGCUGCGCACGAUAUGGGCAACCACCUGCCACUUCUCCCUGCAGAGAGUGAGGAAGAAGAUGAAAUUGAAAUGGAAGUUGAAGACCAGGAUAGCAAAGAAGCCAAAAAACCAAACGUCAUAAAUUUUGACACCAGUCUGCCAACAUCACAUACAUACCUGGGCGCGGAUAUGGAAGAAUUUCAUGGUAGGACUCUGCAUGAUGACGACAGCUGCCAGGUUAUUCCAGUUCUGCCACAGGUGAUGAUGAUCCUGAUUCCCGGGCAGACCUUACCUCUUCAGCUCUUCCGUCCGCAGGAGGUCAGCAUGGUGCGGAAUUUAAUUCAGAAAGACAGAACCUUUGCGGUUCUUGCAUACAGUAAUAUACAGGAGAGGGAAGCACAGUUUGGAACAACAGCAGAGAUAUACGCCUAUCGAGAAGAGCAGGAUUUUGGCAUUGAGAUGGUGAAAGUGAAAGCAAUUGGACGGCAACGGUUUAAAGUCCUUGAGCUAAGAACACAGUCAGAUGGAAUCCAGCAAGCUAAAGUGCAAAUUCUUCCCGAGUGUGUGUUGCCUUCAACCAUGUCUGCAGUUCAGUUAGAAUCCCUCAAUAAAUGCCAGAUAUUUCCUUCAAAACCUGUCUCAUGGGAAGACCAGUAUUCAUAUAAAUGGUGGCAGAAAUACCAGAAGAGAAAGUUUCAUUGUGCAAAUUUGACUUCAUGGCCUCGCUGGCUGUAUUCCUUAUAUGAUGCUGAAACUUUAAUGGAUAGAAUUAAGAAACAGCUCCGUGAAUGGGACGAAAAUCUAAAAGAUGAUUCUCUUCCUUCAAAUCCAAUAGAUUUUUCUUACAGAGUAGCUGCUUGUCUUCCUAUUGAUGAUGUCUUAAGGAUUCAGCUGCUUAAAAUUGGUAGUGCCAUCCAACGACUCCGCUGUGAACUAGAUAUUAUGAAUAAAUGUACCUCUCUUUGCUGUAAACAAUGUCAAGAAACAGAAAUAACAACCAAAAAUGAAAUAUUCAGUUUAUCCCUAUGUGGGCCGAUGGCAGCUUAUGUGAAUCCUCAUGGAUACGUGCAUGAGACGCUCACCGUGUAUAAGGCUUGCAACCUGAAUCUGAUAGGCCGGCCUUCCACGGAGCACAGCUGGUUUCCUGGGUAUGCCUGGACCAUCGCCCAGUGUAGAAUCUGUGCAAGCCAUAUUGGAUGGAAAUUUACAGCCACCAAAAAAGACAUGUCACCUCAGAAGUUCUGGGGUCUGACUCGAUCUGCUCUGUUGCCCACAAUCCCAGACACUGAAGAUGAGAUAAGUCCAGACAAAGUAAUACUUUGUUUGUAAACAAAUACAGUAGGGAUAAAGUUAUUUAUCAAGUUGGUCUUCUAAAAUCUGAUCUGCUUCGGAAAUUCCUGCUUUUGAUGCAUACCUAACAACAUCACAUGGAAGCGUCCAGUUUCCUAGUCUAAUGGUAUUUGAAAAUUUGAAUUAAAAUUAGGAAUAUCUACUUUAGUACCUUGGUACCAUUAUACUCUGGCCUACUAGAAUGUCACUGAAAUUCCUCUAAUCAUUUGCUCCUGAUAUAUGGAACAAACAGCAAGUUUUUAUAAACGUUCCAAAUGCUAGGGUGCCAAGUUCCUUUUCAAAGAGGCAAAGAAAGAAGGCUUUAAUUUUCCUUAAUUUCUAUCAUAUGGAUUUGUAAAUUUUGAAAAUAUUAAAGAGUUAAAAUAUGCAGUUUGAGCCCCAAGAUAGUAUUCUUUCCUUGUGUAUUUGUUAGUAACUUAUGUAUUUACUCUGUUUGAUUUGAACCUAAGCUACUAUGGAGUAGGGAUGGUAAUACAUAAUACCCCCCUUCAAUCAGGCUCCAAGUGACUAUUUUGUAAGCAGUUUUGUUCCAUGUAACUUGAAAAAAUUGUAAGUAAACUUUAAGAGCAAACAAUAUUACACAUCCUCAUUGUUUAAAUAGUGUAAAAUAUUUACUCACAAGCCAGUAAUUUAAGAUGAAAUUCUAGAUAGACUGAUUUGCUACCUACCUCUUUGCUUGUAUGUUCAAGUAUUUUUUGGAUCCUUUCACAUUUGUGUAAUUUUGAUAUUCCUUCACUGCAUUACAUCAUUAACUGGGGGGAAAGUUCAACCAACAGAGGAACAUGUGAGGUACAGCCAAAAGCAGACUGUUAAAAUCUCUUAUGUUGUAAUAUAUUAUUUUACCAAACAUGUAAUGGUUGUGACUACCUAGACUUAAAACAUAAAAUGAAUCUCAUGCUGCAUAUUUAUAUACAUGAAGUAACUGAAAAGCAA